CGGGCCCGAUUCCGCGCGCCAUCGAUCCGCAGGUCGGCGACCCUGCGCUCAGGGUGCGAACCGGGGGCCGCCGACCCUCGCACGCAGCAACAGGACGGCGGCUGAGAGGCCCGGGCCCCGUCCGGCCGACCCGGCGCUGCCGGCAGCGCCGCGGGAGGGCCGAGAAGGAGCGGCGAUCAUCGCGGUAUCGAUAUAUCGAGGCGGCCGAAGGCGCGAGUCGUGCAGCACGGGCCAUCAUGGACGAAGAAUCGGAGUGCUGGUGAGCGAGGCGAGCAGCAAAUCCGACCGAACGAGUUAGUGGGUCCGCAGGUAGCGAGAGACGGAGGGCGUCGGACUGGAGUGCUAGCGUCCAUUGGAGCUUGUCACUCGGAGGAGACUGCAGCGAGGAUGCGGCGGCCGGCAAGAAGAGAAGGAUGAGGCGUGCAGGACGAUGAGGCCUGGUGGCCGCGGGCACGCGCAAUGCCGCCGCUGCCGGACCUGACGUGAGCCCUGCUGCUGAAUGUGCGUCCUGAGAGCAGCGAGCAGCACGCACCCCUGAGCUUUCGCCACCAUGAACCUGCUGAAUAUGGACGCGGAGAACCGCGUGGUACUGAACGUGGGUGGCAUCCGCCACGAGACGUACAAGGCCACCCUCAAGAAGAUCCCGGCCACCCGGUUGUCCAGGCUGACCGAGGCGCUGGCCAAUUAUGACCCCAUCCUCAACGAGUACUUCUUCGAUAGACACCCUGGCGUCUUCGGCCAGGUGCUCAACUACUACAGAACCGGCAAGCUGCACUACCCUACAGACGUGUGCGGCCCUCUCUUCGAGGAGGAGCUCGAGUUCUGGGGCCUCGACGCCAACCAGGUGGAGCCCUGCUGCUGGAUGACCUACACCCAGCAUCGAGACACGCAAGAGACGCUGGCGGUGCUGGACCGACUCGACCUCGACACAGACAAACCCAGUGAGGAGGAGAUGGCGCGAAAGUUUGGUUUCGAAGAGGACUACUUCCGCGGGAACCUUUCCUGGUGGCAACGCAUGAAGCCCAAUAUUUGGUCCCUCUUCGACGAGCCUUAUUCUAGCACAGCAGCCAAGAUUGUUGGGUUGCUGUCUGUGUUCUUCAUCUGCGCGAGCAUCAUCUCGUUCUGCCUGAAGACGCACCCCGACAUGCGGGUGCCUGUGAUCCGCAACUUUACUGUGAGCACGUCGUCCAACACGUCGGCGUGGAUGCUGGACAAGACGCAGACGAACGCGCACAUAGCCUUCUUCUACAUCGAGUGCAUCUGCAACGCGUGGUUCACCUUCGAGAUCGUGAUGCGGUUCGUGUCGACGCCGAGCAAGUGCGUGUUCAUCAAGUCGAGUGUGAACGUGAUCGACUACAUCGCCACGCUCAGCUUCUACGUCGACUUGAUACUGCAGAAGUUCGCCAGCCACCUGGAGAACGCCGACAUCCUCGAGUUCUUCUCCAUCAUCCGAAUUAUGAGACUUUUCAAGCUCACGAGACACAGCUCCGGCCUCAAGAUCCUGAUCCAGACGUUCCGUGCCUCCGCCAAGGAACUCACGCUGCUCGUCUUCUUCCUGGUGCUCGGUAUUGUUAUCUUCGCCAGCCUCGUCUAUUACGCUGAAAGGAUCCAGGCGAAUCCACAUAACGACUUCAACAGCAUACCGCUGGGUCUGUGGUGGGCCCUGGUCACCAUGACCACCGUUGGCUACGGAGACAUGGUGCCGAAAACCUACGUCGGCAUGUUUGUGGGGGCGCUGUGCGCCCUCGCCGGUGUGCUCACCAUCGCCCUUCCCGUGCCUGUUAUCGUCAGCAAUUUCGCCAUGUAUUACUCACACACCCAAGCACGCGCCAAACUGCCGAAGAAGCGAAGGCGAGUACUCCCAUUCGAACAGCCGAGCAGGGGCCCGCGGUUGCCCGGGGCUCCCUCCAUACCGAGCUGCCCCGCCGGGGGCGGCGUGAUGGGCGGGGUCCCGGGGACGGGCGGGGGCCGCGGAAGCGGCGUCAGCGGGAACCAGGGUGGCGGAGUCCUGGGGGGCGGGCCAGGCGGGGUCGGGGGCGUCUGCGGGGUCGGCGGUGACAACGCCGUGCCGCUGAACAGGCGGAUGAACGCGAUUAAGCAAAACCACCCGAAAGAGGCGCUCGGCCACAAAAUUGUCGGGGCCGGUACAACGAGUGCUAACGGCGCGCCGCACCUGCACUCCUGCGUCUCCUCGCAGUCCAGCAGCGGGUGCUCUGCGGCGGCGGCGACCACGGCGACACCAGCCAGCGAGCAACAGCAGCAGAAACAGCAGCAGGCCUCCUCAGGGCUGACAAGCGGCCGCCGCUCCGUCGGCUGUUGACGCCACUUGUUGCCAACUCUCUUUCGUGUAUAUUUUGAUUGUGAUACCGCCCGCCGCGCGCGCGACAGACCAAAAUUAUUGAUUGGUGCUGCGUGGCCAAUAACUGUGUGAGUGGGCCGCGACUUUUCCCGCGUUCAGUGCUACUGACAAAGUGAAUAAUCGCUUUUCUAUGAGAUAUAAAAUUAGUUAUGUAAGCCGUACUCUUUCCUUUUCGUUGGCUGCCACCGCACUUGGUCGAGUGUUCCUUUUUCUGUUGUUGUUGUUGUUGUUGUCUGUUAAUCUGUCACGGCAGCGGAAUCCGAUCAAUUUUCAAUUGUGCACGCGUCCACGCCAGCGGGAAGGCCGGAGCCAUUCCGCAUCGGGAGCGCUUACUUCCCUGGCGCGCGCGUCUGGACGCCCACGGCAAUGACAAAUCACACGCAAUCGCGACCACGUUCAUACAAACUGUAAACACACACGCGGCUGCGCUUACCAAUUGGCAAUACAUACUAUUGUUACCAUGAUGAUGAUGAUGAUGAUUGUAUAUUUUCCUCUCUCAGCGACGUUCCCACUCAUCCGAGAGUGAAAAGAACUGUGCAUAAAUAUGUUUUCUAAACGCAAACUCGCUUUAUACACUCACUCAUAUUGUACACCGAAGACGAGAUAAUAUUAUACAACACACAUUACUACGUAGGGAUACUCUAUUAACUCUGCUAAAAAUUCGCGCAUCGUCGAUUCGUCGAGAGGCAGAAUCCGUUUCUGCCUUCCGAAAGUCCCACAUUACCGCCCUGCUCUUCUCUCCGCAUUAGGCAUGCGGUUACAAUUCUCAUUACGACACAUUCACACACACAAUACUCUCUCGCGAUCGAGAGCCGGUUGUCGGUUUUCAGCUCCAGCCUGCUUCUCUAUAUACGUCGAACAAUUUAGCCACUGUAGACACUCAGAAAUUUUCCCCGGGUCGCGUGUUGAAAUUGAGCGAAGCCGCGGGAAAUCACAGCAGAGGCGAGAGACGCACGCAAAGGGAACAAAGUUUUUACGCACUCGGCAUCAACGUGGCGCGCGCGCGAUGCAAUUUUUUAUCUCUCGUACGGAAUGACGUGUGGUGUGACUUUGACAUUAAACUAAAGUUAGCUGCCAUUAAAUACUCUGCAAAAAACCCAACUCUUUCCCUCUCAUCCGUGUACAGUAGUAAACGUAGCAAAGGAAAUGGGUGCAUAUAUUUCACGUAUAUUCUAAAAGGUUUCUGGGAGACCCUCGCGCAGAUCUUCCGCCGUAUUUUUGGUCUCCGUGUGGGACGCGAUCGAGUUGUUAGAUUUCGCAAAACAAAAAACACACACACACAGUUAAACACAAUAAUAAUAAGUACCAAACUCUAAUAAGUAACGUAUAAAUAACGAUUUAAUGCCAUCUCACAGUGCAUUCAAACUUUGAGAAGUAUGGAGCGAAUUCCCGGAGAGAAAAAGCCGCAUAUCCGAAAAAUGAGAGAAAAAAACAGCGCAUUUCACUUGAACGCAGGGUUGAAAAUAAAUAUACAGUACACGUAAUAAUUUAAAAUCCGCAGAGGUUUGAGGACGAAAGGGUGCCGGCAACCCAAGCAUAAAGUUGUACAUAUAUAUUAUACCGAACUAAAAAAGACGCGAAAUUGUGCUUGUGGAAGGUUUUAAUUACACGGAAAACAAUCAGGCGAUCUCGCAAGCGACCAAUUUGUGUUCGUCGGGGUUGUUGCGCAAAUUUAUCGAAUCUGUUUGUUUAUUAAAGAAAAAGAAUUGCGUCGUCUUUGGGCACAGUAACAUUAAAAUGCACACUUUUAUUUAUACUCUGAAAUGAUUUGAAACAUCAUUUUUGCGCGCAACAACGUAAACACAGUGCGAUUCACAGCACUCUAAUUUCACGCGAUUAUUUAUUGACAGCCCUAACGAAUGUUACACAACAUGGACGUACUUUCUCUACUUUCGGGAUUGCUCUCUAAUUCAUGUGAAUUUCAAUUAUUCAAUCGUGCAUUUAUCGCAGGAGAAACGACGGAGACUCCGUCUAAACGAAAGGAAACUAAAAUUGCAUUAAAUUUGUACGUUUUAUACACACAAGAGGAUGUGUUAUGCUUUAAAAAGAAUUAUAAGGGCAGUGGAAGAUUCUCACGACCAUACACACAAGAUGAGUGAAUGCGGAGAUUAUAUUUUACUUGUUGUGUAAAAAGGACCAAACAUUAGAGAUUAAUCAAUUGACGUUAAUGACAUUUUCCCACUUUUGGACCCAAUCGAAAAUCCUCAUUCGAUUUGUAUGAAUUUUAUCCAUACCUUAUAGAGUUUGCUAUGGCAUCAGUGAAAAAUAAUUCAGUCUAAAAAGAUGUCAAAGAGAUUCCUCAGCUGACGCCACCAAGCGAUAUAAAAUUAAUAUUUAAGAUAUUCCAAUUGAGUCUCAAAAACUUCUCUGAAAUUUCCUAUCCAAUAAAUUAUGAUUACUCGAAAUUAAAAACCUAAAAAUGCGAGCACGUGCAGACGAAUGAAUCAACUGAGUGCAUUUUAUCGACAUCGAGAUUUAAAAACAAAAAAUAAUAUCAUAAAGGUUGCUACACAAUUGAUAUAUUGUUUGAUCGAGGGCGAAGAAAUUGAGCAAGACACACGGUUACAAUUUAGUGGAAAAAUCUCUCGUCCGUGAUUCGCUCUCUCUCACUCACUCUAUCUUCAUAAUUAUACACACGAUUCCCUAAAAACUACUUUCUGAACGCAUCAUUAUAUAUUCUUGCAUAUAUACAUUUGCGCUACCAAAAUGAAAAGAAAAACGAAGGAAAAGAAGUUUUAAGAUAAAAAUAAUGCAUACACCGUAUUAUACAAUAUAUGCAUAUUAUAAUAAAAUCUUGUCUGAUAAUUCUCACGAAAGUCUCUCACGAAUAUAUAAAUCAAUAUAUAUCAAGUAAUGUGUACAUAAUUUGGGUGUUAGAAAAUAUGUAAUUUUGCUACUACUUGAAUCCAUCAUCACCGAAGCUGUGUAACGAUUACAAAAAUAAAACAUGUUACAUUA